ACGUCCUGUAGUUUCCCUGGAUGUCCUGAGCUACAUUUUCAGUUGCUCCUUGUUAAGGGGAAGGAAGGAUGUCAGGUGCUGGGGGAGGCAAGCGCCCCUUGGGAGGGGACAGCCCCCCUGGCCCACCUGAGAAGAAGAGCAAAAAAGAGGAGAAAACCACCACUACUCUCAUUGAGCCCAUUCGCAUAGCUGGAGUCUCCUCAACAGAAGAAAUGGACAUGAAGGUACUCCAGUUCAAGAACAAGAAGUUGUGUGAACGGCUGGAACAGAGGCAGGCAAUGGAAGAUGAGUUACGUGAGAAAAUUGAGAAACUGGAGAAGAGGCAAGCCACUGAUGACACCACCCUGCUGAUUGUCAACCGCUACUGGUCUCAGAUGGAAGAAAACAUGCAUGUUCUGCGCAAACGUAUUGAGCCAGAAGCUCCAGUACCAUCUACUCCUGCCCCAUCCUCUGCCCCUCUCCCUGACCCUUCACCGAUGGAGGAAGAUGGCAUGAAUCUAGUUUCUCCAGCCACUGCUGUGCCUCCACCUCCCCUUCCAGAAACACAGAAUGAAGGGGAGCAGUCAGAGCAGCAACAAGAAGAACGUCAGGAGGAGCGACAGGAUGAGCAGCAGCAGCCUCCUCCUCCUGAAGGGUCAGAAGAUUUGUUGACACCUACAGAGCCACCACAUGAUCCACCAACAGAUGCACCUCCACCUCCUCCACCUAUAAGUGAGAAUGCCAAGGGUUUCCUGACUACGUUGGAGCACAGCAGUGAGGAGGAGCUCACGCUCCACCUUCAGGACCGAAUGCAGUUCAGUAAAGAAGCCAUUGCCUGCUUGGUUUGUGCCUUUGACAGGUUGCAUAGUCGCAUUGAUGACAUGUGCAAGCAAGUCCAGGCUGCAGCAUGCGAGGAUGAUAGUCAAUCUGAAAUCGUCAAUGUAAACCAAACUGUGCUGGACGAGAACAGACGACUGCGAGACCUGGCGACCCUCCUGCAAGGUCGACACCACAAGAUGUCCAUGGAGUAUAAUGAAUUAGUGGACAAAGUGACCAGUUCUGAGACCAAGGUGUCUGAGAUGGAGACGACUGUGGAGGACCUACAGUGGGACAUUGAGAAGCUCCGCAAUAGGGAACAAAAGCUUAAUAAGCAUCUUGCAGAGGCAAUGGAGCAGUUAAAGUCUGGAUACAGCAGCACUGGCAGUUCAGGAGGACUACCGGGUGGCCAGAUUACACUGAACAUUCAGAAGUUUGAGAGUCUCAAUGCAGAGUUGGAACACAAUCAGGAGUUGGCUAACAGCCGAAUGGCAGAAUUGGAGAAACUGCAGUUAGAACUACAAGAAGCUGUUAGGGAAAGCGAAAAGCUUAAGAUGGACUUGCGAAAUAUUCCAGAGGAGGUAGUGAAGGAAACCCUUGAGUACAAAUGUCUGCAGUCUCAGUUCUCCCUGCUGUACAAUGAGUCUCUUGGAGUGAAAACCCAGCUGGAUGAGGCACGGGCCCUUCUGCUCACUGCCAAGAACGCCCACCUCCGUCAAAUUGAGCACAUGGAGAGUGAUGAGCUGUCCCUUCAGAAGAAACUGCGGACGGAAGUCAUCCAGCUAGAGGAUACUCUGGCCCAGGUCCGCAAAGAGUAUGAGAUGCUGCGCAUUGAGUUUGAGCAGAACUUGGCUGCAAAUGAGCAAGCAGGACCAAUCAACAGGGAAAUGCGACAUUUAAUCAGCAGUCUGCAGAACCACAAUCUACAACUGAAAGGUGACGUGCAGCGCUUCAAGAGGAAGUUGCGAGAAACUCAAGUGGAGAUCAAUAAGCUACGUUGUCAGAGUGGCGACACCGGGGUUCUAAUUCUUGAGGAGACGACAAAUGACAGCAUUGAUGUUAAGAAAGAGGAAGAUGAGGACCAGGAAGAGGAGGAGGAGAGGAGGAAGGAACUGGAAAGACAGCGAGCCAGGGAAAGAGAGAGAGAAAGGGAGGCUGAGCGAGAAAGAGAGAGAGAACGGGAGCGAGAGCGGCAGCGCAGUGAUGAGAUGAAGAGGAAGGACUCUGAUACACUGAAGAUGCUCCGAGUAGAACUCAAGAAAGCCCAGGAGUCCCAGAAAGAGAUGAAGCUCCUGUUGGACAUGUAUAAAUCUGCCCCAAAGGAGCAGAGGGACAAAGUGCAACUCAUGGCAGCUGAACGCAAAUCUAAAGCUGAGGUUGAGGAGCUGAGGAUGCGAGUGAGAGAGCUAGAGGAGAGGGAGAGGAAGGAGAGCAAGAAACUGGCUGAUGAAGAUGCCCUGAGGAAGAUCAGAGUGGCAGAAGAGACUAUUGAGCAUCUGCAAAAGAAAUUAGCUGCUACUAAGCAGGAGGAGGAAGCUCUGCUGAGUGAGAUGGACGUAACAGGCCAGGCUUUUGAGGACAUGCAGGAGCAGAACAGCCGACUGCUGCAGCAGUUGCGGGAAAAGGACGACGCCAAUUUCAAACUGAUGAGUGAGCGAAUUAAGUCCAACCAGAUCUACAAGCUGCUGAAAGAAGAGAAGGAGGAGCUGGCUGACCAAGUUCUCACCUUUAAAACCCAGGUGGAUGCACAGCUGCUCGUUGUGCAGAAACUAGAAGAAAAAGAGGGUGUCCUCCAGAGUACGCUGGCCACUCUGGAAAAAGAGCUGGCUCUCCGGACACAAGCACUGGAACUCAACAAGAGGAAGGCGGUGGAGGCUGCCCAGCUGGCAGAGGACCUGAAGGUGCAGCUGGAGCACACGCAGGCCAAGCUUAAGGAGAUCCAGGUCUCUGUGGCUGAGAACCGCACUGCCCGGGAGAGGGAGAGCAGCAACCUGAAAAGAGCACAGGAGGAUCUGUCCAGGCUGAGACGGAAGCUGGAGAAACAGAAGAAGGUGGAGGUGUACUCCGAUGCAGACGAGAUCCUGCAGGAGGAGAUCAACCAGUACAAGGCCAAGCUCCGCUGCCCCUGCUGCAACAUGCGAGACAAGGAAACAGUGCUCACCAAGUGUUUCCACGUUUUCUGCUACGAAUGUCUGAAGAUGCGGUACGACACCCGACAGAGGAAGUGCCCCAAGUGCAACUGUGCCUUCGGAGCCAAUGACUUUCACCGCAUCUACAUCACCUAAUCCACGUAGAGACAGAGGGGCAUAAAAACAGUAGAGAGAACCAAAGGAGAGAAAGAAAUGACAAAGGAACUAAAUGUUGUGUGGAAUAUCAGAUAAGUUUCUUGUUGAAAAGACUUUGCAUCAUUGCCAGUUGGCAAUUAAUUUGGUGACCAAACAGAUAGUGACAUGUCUGACUGAGAGUGUUGUGCUGUAGUUAAUAAACACAGUUGUUUGUGCACACAGUGAUAUUCUUACAUGUUGAGCUGCUCUGCACUGAUUCCUGUCAUUUGCCAUUUUUGCCAGUGUGUAACAUCCUUUCUUUUAUGAAACCGUGCCCACUUUAAAAUAUUUCUGUAGAGGUUUUUUUUGUUGUUUUUUUUUUAAUGUAUUGAAAACUUCAGUGGUAAAUCUUCCUGCAGUGUUUCUUUGAAUUGUUUUGUCCUGCUGCUUUUGGAAAUCCCUCACAGUCAGUGAAGCUGGAAUUUAAACUUCAAAAAUUAAAAGAAACCAUUCUUUUCAGAGUUUAGGAUCACAUGUGUAAAAGUAAAUAUGUUUCCAAUAUAUGAAGUUAAACAUCCAGAAUUGCCCAACCUCCUUGGUUAGGCUAUAGUAUUAACAAUGCCUGAAAGACGUCAGCUAGUUUGGCACUCAGUCAGUACAUACAGGAGUGUUUGGAUCACCUUGGGCAAGGUCCUCAGUGUGUGUUCAUCCUGUUGCCAUGGUUCCUAUUGGAGAGUUUGACACAACAUCUGCAGCUUAUAGUGCCUCAUUACUGAUGAAAUCACUCCAGUGGAAAGUCAGCUCAUAUGGGUGUCCUUAGUGGGCUGUGCAGCUCCAGGUCCUCUCAGUCCGCUUUCCUAAAGGUUAGCCGUGACAGUCGAGUACAAAAACAUCUGUCUUAACAACAUGGUUCGCGGCUAAUUGAGCCAAUGAAAUCCCUUUUCCUCUGUUCUGAUGAUGUGAACUAUUUACUGGGAGGUUGGUUUCACGUCUGUUUGACGUUAGCUUUUGUGGGAAAGGCAGUUUGCACCAUGUAGCGCACAUAAAAAGUUCCAGGCUGCAGAGACAAACAGUGAAUAUGUGAAGAAAAAAAACUUUAUCAGGCAUUUGGGAACAGUUAUCUAAGACCUUCACAGGAGUUUGCCAGUGGUUGGCAAAAUAAGAAUAAAUUCAGUGGUUGUUUACUCAUGAAUGUGCAUAACCUGUCAUAAAUAAAUUAGUAGUUUUCA